UGUGUGGGCUAUGUGUCAACGGACGCCAAACAAUAUUCAAAUUCUGCAAAAUCUUUUAUUAAGUUUCUUUUUAUAGACAGAAAACAGAGUACCUGACAAACGCUGUUUUUUUUUUUUUUUUUUUUAUUUUCAUUUUCUUUCAAUUAUUUUUCUUUCCCUCCAAUCAUUUUCCUCUCUCUAAUAAAUUUUCUCUUUCUCUUCAAUGUAGUGUUUAAUUUUUUUUCUUUUGUUUUGGGUUUUGUUUUUAAUCUUCUUAGUUUAGUUCUUUAUUAUUUUCUUUUCUAGUUUCCCGGCAAAAGAGAAGGAAGUAGAAGAGUAUAAGAAAGAAAUAUCUCUGCUUCUACGAAACUCUCUUUCUUUCACUUUCACUUUCUCUUUCUAAUUCCGUUUUUAUAUAUAUAAUUUUGGGUGAUCAAAGACAAAAACUUUAUUUGGAAUCAGCCCAGUCAAGUUUACUUCUUCAAUGGACUCUCUUUAACUACUUUCUCAUAUACCAUUUUCUUGUAAAAGGAACUGCUUUAUGGAUUGGAAUUCGAAAGUGAUUGAAUGGAGCAAAGUUCAAAAGGUUUGAUGUCAAGUCAAUUUGAAGGUUCAUCAAAUACUCCUUCUGUCAACAUUAGUAGAAAGUGGGAAACUGGUGCAUGGGGAAUCCCACGUGGAACUGACACAUAUAAUUCAUCAAGUGAUGCAAGCUUGUUUUCUAGCUCAUUACCUGUCCUUCCUCAUGAAAAAUUGAACUUUGUUGAUGUGGAGCAUUCUGGUCAUUCUGUCGAUGAUAACUCACCUCAUUUACAUAAGCUAGAGCUUGAAAAUGAAGGAAAGGACUUACUUGAAGAUGUUGAAACAAAUGUAAUUGGAAAUUUACUACCUGAUGAUGAAGAUGAGCUCCUUGCUGGCAUAAUGGAUGACUUUGACUUAAGUGGGUUGCCUAAUCAGUUGGAGGACUUGGAAGAAUAUGAUGUCUUUGGUACUGGAGGUGGAAUGGAGUUGGAUUUUGAACCUGCAGAUAGCCUUAAUAUUGGUAUAUCGCAGAUGAACCUAUCUGAUGGGAUUACUGCAAAUGGUAUUGGUCUUUUCCCUCUUCCAAAUGGUGUGGGAACAGUGGCUGGGGAACAUCCAUAUGGCGAGCACCCUUCAAGAACAUUGUUUGUAAGAAAUAUCAAUAGUAAUGUUGAAGACUCUGAAUUGAGAUCUCUCUUUGAGCAAUAUGGAGAUAUCAGAACUUUGUACACCGCAUGCAAGCAUAGGGGUUUUGUAAUGAUUUCAUAUUAUGAUAUUCGAGCUGCGCGCACUGCUAUGCGUGCGUUGCAGAAUAAGCCGCUAAGGCGACGAAAACUGGACAUUCAUUUCUCGAUUCCUAAGGAUAACCCAUCAGAGAAAGAUAUAAAUCAGGGAACUCUUGUAGUAUUCAACUUGGAUCCAUCAGUAUCAAAUGAUGACCUUCGCCAAAUAUUUGGGGCUUAUGGAGAGGUCAAAGAGAUCAGGGAAACACCACACAAGAGACACCAUAAAUUCAUAGAAUUUUAUGAUGUUAGAGCUGCAGAGGCAGCUCUUAGGGCAUUGAAUAGGAGUGACAUAGCUGGAAAACGCAUAAAGCUUGAACCUAGCCGCCCUGGUGGAGCUCGUCGAAACUUGAUGCAGCAGCUAAGUCAAGAGCUAGAACAAGAUGAAGCUCGAAGUUUUAGACAUCAUGUAGGUUCUCCGCUUGCAAACUCUCCUCCAGGUAACUGGGCACAAUAUGGCAGCCCUGUUGAACAAAAUACUUUCCAUGCUUUCAGUAAAUCUCCGGUUUUGGGAUCUUUCAGUCCUGUAAAUAACAAUAAUUUGCCUGGACUAGCUUCAAUUCUCCCACAUCAUGUGCCUAACUCUCCAAAGAUUGCACCUAUUGGUAAGGACCAAGGGAAGACCAACCAUACAAAUCCAAUUUAUACUAAUACUGGAACAGUGCAAGGAGCAGCCUUCCAGCAUUCUCGAUCCUUCUCUGAGCAGAAGGUAAGUGCGAGUCCUGGAAGACUCUCUGCCUUUCCUGAAUCUAAUUCAAGGUCAUCUGGUGUUGGAACAUUGACUGGUCCUCAGUUUCUUUGGGGAAGUCCCACUCCGUACUCUGAGCAUGCUAGUUCUGCUUGGGCAACAUCAUCAGUGGCACACCCUUUUUCAUCAAGUGGACAAGGUAUUCCAUACACAAAUCGACAUGGCUCUUUUCUUGGUUCAAGUAACAACCAUCAUGUGGGAUCUGCCCCUUCUGGUGUGCAUAUUGAUAGGCACUUUAGCUAUCUCCCAGAGUCACCUGAAACAUCCUUUAUGAGCCCUGUUUCUUUUGCUGGUAUGGGUUUAAAUCGUAACAACGGAAGUUUAUUGAUGAAUAUUGGUGCUCGUGGCACUAUGGGUGCUGGUGUUGGUCUCCCAGGAAAUGUAACAGAAAACGGUUCACCUAGUUUCAGAAUGAUUUCAAUGCCAAGGCGGGGUUCUAUUUUCCUUGGGAAUGGUUCUUGUCCCGGACAAGGAACAGUUGCCUAUGAAGGAUUGACUGACCGCAGUCGAAGUCGGCGAGUUGAAAAUAAUGGAAACCAGAUUGAUAACAAGCAGCAGUAUCAGCUUGAUUUAGAAAAAAUAAUUAAUGGAGAAGAUAUUAGGACCACUUUAAUGAUUAAAAAUAUCCCCAACAAGUAUACUUCAAAGAUGCUACUUGCUGCCAUUGAUGAAAAUCACAGGGGCACUUAUGAUUUUCUCUACUUGCCAAUUGAUUUCAAGAACAAGUGCAAUGUAGGUUAUGCCUUCAUCAAUAUGAUCUCUCCUUCACAUAUUAUCUCCUUCUACCAGGCAUUUAAUGGAAAGAAAUGGGAGAAGUUCAACAGUGAGAAGGUUGCAUCAUUGGCCUAUGCUCGGAUCCAAGGCAAGGCUGCCCUUGUGGCACAUUUCCAAAAUUCAAGCUUGAUGAAUGAAGAUAAGAGAUGCCGGCCAAUUCUGUUCCAUUCAGAGGGCCAAGAGACUGGUGAUCAGGAAAAUUUCCUCUCUAGCAAUUUGAACAUCUGUAUUCGUCAACCAGAUGGGUCUUAUUCUGGGGAUGCAUUGGAGAGCCCAAAGAGCCUUUUGGAUGAGAAGCCAGAGUUGAGUUAACAAUACAUUUGGAAAUCUUACUCUUAGCUUGAGAUAAAAUGGCUAUGAGUUCUAGCAAGUGGAUAGGUGUCUUAAAUGUAUAAAGUUGGAAGAGAAAUCAAAGAAGAGAUGUAUGUUAUGCUUGUGUCAUAUCUGGUGUCUGCUUUUCAGUUACGGACACUCCAUGGCAAUUCACUAGAGAAGUCAAAAUUAAAUGAGGCAGAAAGUGUUUUGUUAACAUGUAGAGCAAGAAAUUGUUAUUGAACCAGCGGUUGAAGAAUAAGGCAGGGAGCACGCUGCUAAGAAUUGAAGUUUCUUUGCAGCUGUGUGCAGUACUCGCCAAUCUGUGCAUAGGUCUCCUCUGGGGUUUUUGCUUUUUAUCAUUGACAUUUCUUGGCCAUUGAUGUUGAUUUGCACAUAUGGUUACUUGUACGUAAAUUUUUGUCGGAGAAUCCAAAUUCCAGGGUGCAGGGGUGUUGAUAAAUUGUGUAUAGGAGGGGGACAAAAAGAGCCUAUAAUCAUGGUAAAUCUAAUAUGCACCAGUGUUCUGAACAGGUGUAAUAAAACUUGUAUUUGUCAAUAUUUUGUCUGAACAGUUGUUUUAAAAUCCUCGUUUUGUCAUUGUGUUUGUC